AUGAGCCGCAACAUCACUAGGGGCUUCCAAAGCGCCUCAAAAACUCUCAUCCGAUAUGCUGGUGCCUCUCUUGAGGACCUGGUAGCAAGCAACGGCGCUGAUGGACCAGAAUGGUCAGGGUCGACAAAUAGUAUAUGCAACGCAAUUGAGAAAGCCGAUGCACGGAUCACAGUUGCAGACAUCCAGGGUUCUAAAGCCCACCCAUCUUCAAAGGAUAGGGAGGACAAGCAACAGGUCAUUACAGUGGGAUUGCACACUAAUGCAGGCACUCGUAUCGGUUCACUCCAUGUCCAUCAGGAUGGCACUUUCAAAUUCUUCCCUUCCCGCGCUGGAAGGCAGGGAGGCUAUGCUGAUAAUAUCGCACGAGCCAAUAUUCCGGGCUAUACUUCAAACUGA